UCAAAUACCAUAACGAAAGGCAGAAUUCCAAUGUUUCGUCGUACCGAAGGAAGAAGAAAACUCUCCUCAUCCUCGGAAACACAACUCCGGCACAGAGGAACGACGAUGAACGAGGAUUCGCCGAUGGCGAGCCCUUCGUCUUCUUCCCGAAGUGGCGAGGUCAGUUCGUCGGCCAUGGGUUUCUCCAGCUUCGAUUUUCAGCUUCUGAACAAGCAGGGUUGGAGGGAAGGAGCCGGUCUCGGUGCUUCUGAGCAGGCAUCCGUGGGAAGGGAAUCCAACUCAUUGGCCAGGUCUAGAGAAGCCAUCGACUCAUCGAAUAAAGGAUUUCAGCUUCUCAAGAAACAUGGUUGGAAAGAAGGUACUGGUCUUGGAGUGUUUGAGCAGGGUCGAUUGGAACCUGUUGAGACAUCUCUGAAGAAUAAUAAGCGCGGCCUUGGAGCAGAGAGAGCGAAGAAGAAAGUCCACCAUUUUCAUACUGGUCGGUCAGACCAGAACAAUGAAAAUGAACAAAAACCACUGAAGAAGUCCAAGGUACUCUCAAAAAAGAUGAGGAAAUUGCAGGAGCAAGAGCAGAGGUUGCAAGAGAAGGAAUUUGAGCGGGCUUUCUUCAGGGAGUUCUGGCCAGACAAUGUUUGACUGUGAAUUCACGGUUCCCUUUUCUUUUUUUGCAUUCUGCCAUCCACAAAGGCAAUGUACAUAAUUGUUCUCACUCAUUAGGUUUUUGUCAUAAUUGCAUAGCCUCUUUUAGUUCACAGUUGCUAACCAUGAACCACAAACCAUGAGAGAGGCGUUGUGAUGAGUCCGCCUCAUCCGUUACCACAUCAUUUUUUAUGUGAUAUAGCAUCGGAUUUUCCUUUUAUUUUUUUUUUUUCCCUACUGAGUGGUCAUCAUCAAGGUUGUUUCUGUACGGCCAUUGUUGUAUUCUUUUUGUUACUUUCACUUUAAAGUUGCAAUGACGAGUUACCCUCUUCUUGCGGUCAA